AUGAAUAGUGUCAUUGCCAGCCAACACAUUGCCGCUCCCCACUUGCUUCCCAACCGCUUCUCACCAUCUCGCUCUGUCCUAUCUCCAUCCACAGCCAUGUCCAGCCGCAAACGAAAGGCGGACGACGACGCCAGCGGCGACAACGAUGACCGCAUGUCUGCAUCUCCCACGAACUCUCCUGCGAUGCCCACACGGAAUCUAUCACGCCCGUCCUCGAAGCGCAUGCGAACCAACGUUACAGGGAGGCCUCUAGCCCUUCCCCGCCUUCUAGAGACCCUCGGUGCUGAAGACAUGAGGAGCAUCCUCCGAUCGAUAUGUGAACGCCGUCCAGACCUAGGAUCAGAGAUCGUCUCCAUCGCGCCUAGACCGAGCGUCUCCUCGACACUAGAGGUCCUACAAAACUAUGAGUCGGCGUUCCAGGCGUCGUACCCCUAUGGUGGCCGUGCAUCCUCGGACUACGCCUACAACAGAGUCCGACAGGCUCUUGUCGAUCUCCUUGAUGCAUUAAAGGACUUCACGCCAAACUUCCUCCCUCCAAACGAGUCUCAGGCCGCCACGUCUCUAGCUUUCCUUGAUGGCGCCACCGAAAUCAUCCACCGCCUCCCUGACUGGGACACCUUCCAGCACAACCGACACAAGCAAGAAGCAUACGAAGAGAUGGCGAAGGCCUGGGCAUCCGUUAUCCGAGAAGCUGCGAAGCGAGCAGGAGGAAUCCAGCUGCAGUAUGGAGGAUGGGAUCAGAAGCUGUCCAAGCACAACCAAAUCUCGGGUGGCAGGAUGCAGGAAGCGAUCGGUGAGCUCCGGGGCAGCCUGCAAUGGUUGGGCACGGACACACCCAACCCUAGCACUGGAGGAGCAUCGGACCCCAUGUCCGUUCGACAGCAACUUUUGAGCGGCACUUAUGGCCUAGGCGCACCGGUACGAGUCGGACACUGGUGA